ACACAUACACACACACACACACAGAGCGAAAGAGAGGGACAGAGAACCGGCUGUUGUGUCUGAGGCGCCAUCCGACGACGGAAGCAGGAUGUCGGGGUUUUUAGAUAACAUCAGAUGCGCGGAGUGCGAAUGCAUCGACUGGAGCGAGAAACGGAAUGCAAUCGCCUCGUCCGCGGCUGGUGUGUUGUUUUUCACAGGUUGGUGGAUAAUCAUCGAUGCAGCAGUCAAAUACCCAGAAAUGGACAAGUUUAAUCACUCCUACCACACUUGUGGGGUUAUAGCAACACUUGCGUUUCUCAUGAUAAAUGCUGUUUCAAAUGGACAAGUGCGUGGUGAUGGAUACAGUGAAGGAUGCAUGGGUCAGACAGGUGCUCGAAUCUGGCUGUUCAUUGGUUUCAUGUUGGCUUUCGGAUCACUCAUCGCAUCCAUGUGGAUCCUGUUUGGAGGCUAUGUUGUGCCACAAAAGCCAGAUGUUUAUCCUGGUAUAGCUGUCUUCUUCCAGAAUGCUUUUAUCUUCUUUGGGGGCUUGGUCUUCAAGUUUGGCCGCACAGAAGAUUUGUGGCAGUGAAUACACAGUUGUGGCAAUUUAUUGACUGUAUCCUGUAGAACUUAUCAUGCACGCCUGUUAUCUGUAACUCUCUCGCUCUACCGUUUGAUAUUCUGAACCAUUUUUGCUGUUGGGUUUACAUGGAAUCAUGGAGUGUAUUGAGACUUUCCCUCCAGGGUUUGUCUUGGGUAUCUGACUUUGUGAUCCAUAUUUGGCUUUGAUUGCUUUGCUAUUAUGCUCUUAAAGGGGCAUUGUCAUCCUUCUGGUGGGGGUAGAGUGAUUAUGCUAAACAAUUAGGGCAGCUUCUACUGUUGUCUAAAUGCAAUGUACAUCGUAGCAAAGGAUUGCAGAUGAAGUACAUGUGAGACUGUUUACGCAGCAUUUAAUGCAUUCAUCAGUCAGAAGCUUUUGUAUACGCACAGACAAGUUUAAACUCUUCCAAUAUAGUGUUGGACUUGUUGGCCACUUCUGGGUUAGAUCCAGUUGAUUGGAGAGUUUCUUUAUAACUGACAUACAGUAUCUGUCUUGUGAACCAAAGUAUCCUGGUGGCACUCCUUGAAGUAGGCUAAAUUAUUCCUUGCUUUCCGUAUUUUUUGCCAAUCUGUCGAAUCCAUCUAACAAUCCUUGCUGUGUUUGUCUAUUACUGAAAAUGAUUUACACACAGCAGUGUUGAAGGAUUUGGAGGACAUUGUUACAUAGAGCAUCAUGUAAUUCCAGAAUUUUACAUAUCUACAUGUGACUAUAUUUGGUCAUCCUAAGGAUUUCAUCCAAAUGUGUGGAAUGUCUGGUGGUCAGAUGAACAAAUGAAUCCUCCGAAUGCUAACUUGUCUUCAGAAUCUUAUGUUAAGCAGCCAAAUUAACAGCCAUGUCUAUUAUGGCUCCAUUAACUGACAUUGCAUCAUCAUGACCCUAACUUCUAGACAUUGGGUGCUUUACCUUGGUGGGCUAGUUAUCCAUGCAGUUAUUCUGACUUUUGUAUGUAACAGCAGUGUAACUAUUCAUAAAACACUACUUAAUGCAAGUCCUUCCCGUAAAAUAAAUUUAUUACUUC